AUGAUUUUCAUUUCAACACGAGUCUAAAAGAAUUACAUAAACUGGUUAAAGGUGUUGUUGUUGUUGUUGUUUAACCAAAGCCAGUCUUGGUGUAGCAGACCCUAUUAUCUAAAAUAUUCCAACCCUGUCUAUUGCCAUGAUUUUCUUACAUGCAGAGAACCCAAUAUUCCGUUAUCCAACGUGUAAUGUAUUUAGAAGGGAAGUUGACUGCUAUGUCUAGCAUGAAUAUUUCCCACAACAUGCUUCCGUCGUGUUGUGUUACUUUAUGUAAAUGAAUGCGUUUUUGGCAGCAAUUAUAUAAUAGUUGCUUCUUCACAGCAUUCAUUGAAAAGAACGAAAGUAGCCCUGCUGUAUUAUUAUUAUAUCCCCAAAGCUCUUCCAUAAACAUAAGUAUUAAUAUAAUUACUGCAACAAUGAGCCCCGUUCACGGCUUAAAAAGCAAUCCGUCCCGACGAUGAUUAGUUGACACAUGCAACAAGUGAGCAGUAAGGCUUCAAGACAGGCAAAUCCCUGUAAUUAGAUGAAACUGUUGUCACAUGAUAACAUUUUAUCUAUCCGCCAAAUUCAAACAAACCCUCAUUAGAGAUGCGACCAGUUUGUUCGGCGGACGGCAACGAAGCGCGGACGCAAUUUGGGAUUCUUACUUACAUAGAAUGAAUGAAUGAAACGAAGGAAAAACAAGAGGUGUACACGACAGAGUGGAUCCAGGAAAUAGUUACAUUUUUAUUGUUUUUUACGGGAGAAUGAGAUAAGAUAAAAGAAAUAACAACUCUGUGGAUUCUCUUUCAUGGAAUUUAUUUGAUAACGAUGAUUUUAAUGAGUACCUGGUCUCCGGAAGGGAAUUCAGGAUAAUGUACCGCAGAAUAUGUCAACUGGAAGAGAUUUUCACAGCCAAGAUGUGGCAAUUGUUGUUCUGUCUGCCAUCAUUUACUUGCUGGAUGUUGCAACAGAUGUCGUUGUCGUUAUACAAUACAUGUUUGAGGAACGACUGAUAUGGUUUUCUUUGAGUUUGGCUUUUGUGGUGGUUCCUAUGGUCUGCAUUCAAGUGUUCAGCCUGAAGUGGUUGUUGACUAAGAGAAAUAUAAAAAUAAGUUGUAUUUCUGGUUUCCUUCAUUUUAUUGGACUUGCUCUUAUAAAACGGUACGCUGAUGUAUUAUUAACUUGGAGUGAAUUGAAAACAACCUCUGAUCCCCUUCGAUUUGAGAAAUUAUUCCAGCAAGUCCACAGUGCUUUUCUGCUUCGGCUGUUUCAAACUUUCCUUGAAGCAGCACCACAGUUAAUUCUUCAGUCCUAUGUGCUUCUAAGUACCUGGCAUGGAUCUGCAGGGACAGGUUUUUCUUUAAUAAUUUCUCUCAUAUCGUUUUCCUGGGGCUUUGUAACAUACUCCGACAAUCUCCGACUUCAAUCUCGAAAUAUUCCUCGUCCAAAAUGGCCAAGUUUUCUGCUACAGAUUGGUUGGCAGACUGGAAUGACAUUAUCCAGAGUGGCGGCAAUUAUAUUGUUUGCUUUUUGUUUUAAGAGUUGGAUCUUUUUUGCUAUAGGAGUUCAUUGGAUGUUGAUGAGUCUGUGGAUAAUUGCUGAGAAACCAAAACUAAGCAGUGUUUGGUGGCAAGACAAGUUACUUUCCUGUGUCGUUGGAUUCAUCUACAUUUUUUCUUUCUUACAAAUUCAAAAGGGUUCUGGCCGCUGGCGCCUGCUCUUCUUUUAUGCCCUGCUUUUACUGGAGAAUUCUCUUGCAGUUAUCGCCUGGUUGUUGACUCCAAUUGAUAUCGCGGAAGCAUAUCAGUGGCUGUUUACAGCUCUUGUCUUUACAGGAUUUCUCAUAGGAGUGGUCUGUUUGCUCUUAUUUUAUUGUUGCUUCCAUCCUGACCAAAACAAUUCCCUAGAGGAUUGUACAUCAACCGAAGAUAAAACUAUUGCCAGAAUAGAAAGAGCCAAGCCUUCUUCAUCAUCGCUCACAUCCAAUCGAUCGUUAAUGAACAAACAUAUAAUUGACAGCAGCAUCAGACAUACUUCGAGUGUGUAUCCUUGUCGAGAAGAUCCAAUUGGUUGUUAUUCCAAGAUGAGUGAUAACAUACACUUUUUCUCCAGCAAUGGUAGCAGUCCCAGUAUUUCUGGCAGCGUGUCCCCUGCUGUCAACCAAGGUACAUUAUUUGAUGACUCCACAUACGCUGAAAGACCGAACGAACCUAGCACAAAUAAAAUAUUUACCUCGUCUGUUAUUGAUGAAGAAGUUACUCCUUACAGUUCCAAAUCUAUUAAAAGGAAAAUAAAGCACGGUUCUUUGACUGUAGAUAGAUAUAAAAGGAAGGAAGAUGCAGAAAAUGGUUCGCUGAGGUGCCAACUGAAAUGUAAUAAAUCUGGCGAUUUCAAAGACGGCAUAUCAAAGGCACAGUUGAUGAGUGCUACAUCUGAGAUGCAAAUCCAUCCCAAUUAUUAUCCUCAAAUAUCUCAGACGCCAAACGUAACCAUUUCUCCAGUGUGCCAUAUAACAAAAGGGAGACGUCCUCUUGCAAGACAUCAUAGUGAAAAUGUCAAAUCCUCCUCCAUUUCGACAUUGGAUAAUCUUUCUGAUCAAUACCACAACUGGCAGGAAUCCAGGGAAGGAUCUGACCAUUAUCUUGAAAUGCUUGAAAAAUAUCGUGACCCUGGCAAUAAACCAGCCAAGUACACCUAUUUGAAUAGUGUUUACCAACCAACCACGAAACCAAUGGAAUGUAAAACCAAGGAAGGUCCCUUAACACGAUUACGGUCUUCCUUUCGCCGUCAUUUGAAUGCUAUAAAGACUCCCACUUACAAAGAAAUGUCCCCAGUUCUAAAUCCAGGUCAGUAUUGCACAAACCAAGAGACUCUAGAUCCAAAAUCGGGUUCCUUUCAGCAAGGUCAUCCGUGGCCAAAUUGUGAACUGCGUCAUUAUCCAAGGGACCAUGCUGGGAGAUUCUAUGACAUACGUAACCCAAGAGUACACAGUUCUAAUUCAGAAGAAUUUACUUACCAAAGUUACCUUCAAAGACCUCCAUGUCAUCAAGUCUAUAAUGAGCCAGCUCAUUGUCUUAAUCGUCAACAGUGUUACAAUCCAAUGACUAAUUGUAACAAUUAUUGUUCUCACAAAAGAAUGUCCUAUGCUGAAAACUGUUCCCACAGUAAUUUGAUGGAGAAUGCAGCAUCGUACCAAAUACGUAAAGCUACAAGUCUUGAAAAUCUAAACACUUUAAAUGACAAUCAGGCUUUGAGGAAUCUCUCCACUGCAGAUCCUCACAGCUGUAAACAAGUGCCUAGCCAUGCUCCGUAUCGCACAUUACCAUACAGACCAAGCCAUUACAUUAGCCAGUAUCCUUGUUCUUCAGCUUUUUCCCCUUGCCAUGAGGGUGGUGUUUAUGACGAAGCUAAUGUCCACCCUGAAUACAACUGCAAGCAGCAACCACCCUCCGAUGCUCGCACGUACGUUGUGUACAGUGACAGACCCUCUGCCAAGAGAUGUGUGUCAGCACCACCAAACCCAUCAGCCAAUUACGGGUCCUUACGAGGCCGAACCGUACUCUCCAGGCAAAAUAACCCAAAAGAACCAAUUGUCGAUCAUGACUUUAGGUAUUGUACUAUUUCUUCGAGACGUUCUGAAAGUGCUCCACCAAAUGAAAAUCUCUUCAGAGCGAGUUUCAAAAAUCUCAGAAAAAUUCCACCCAGGUCAACCACUUAUGGUUCUAAUAAUGCUACCGAGACAGAUUGUUACGACUUCCGGCAGCUGACCAUAUCACCAGUGCAAUCCAUGUCGGUGCCACCAGAUAAAGUAACCAGUAUAGAAGCUUUAAGAAAUCUCACCAUGUCUCCUGUAAGAUCGGUUUCUGUGAUUCCAAAUCAAUCUCCCAAAGAGCAAGAAUGUUACUCCCAAUAUGGUGAGUCUUCAAACAGACCAGCGUCAGUUCCAGCUGAUUACACUUUCCAUGGUAAAACCCAGAGCUACCCGCAUGCUCAAAGUACUGAGAUUUCAGUGAUGCCAGGUAUGAACUGUAAUUAUAAUAAAGGGCAAAGAUCAAUGACUGCCACUCAAUCAAUUGCCGAUGAUCGUUGUUUAUCACGUGGACAAUUUACUGUUUAUUCUGAUUUCAAUCUAUCCAUUCCUCCAGAUUCUCAAACAAUAAAAUCUGCUGCAGCAAUCUGCCCGUCUUACAGGACAACACCUGCGCUUCCUAGUGUCCCACCUAACAGCAAUCAGUCUCCGCUAUUCAGUUGUAAGCAUCCAUAUCUUCCAGAACGGUCUCUGUCGGUUCCGUUCAACUCCUCCCACUCAACUGACACAGAUACGGACACAACCUCUGUUACUUCACUUUCCAGUUUCCCAGAUUCGGUUGGUGAUGCUCGAUCGGCCGAAGACAAAGCAGCCAAACAUUUGGAAGCGUUGGACAAUUGUUUGAAUUCUGAAACAAAUAAUCUAAAGUCAGAAAUGGAAUCGUUGAAGAGUCAAUCAACAUCCGAGGAAGUCGAUUCUUCACACGAGCUGACCGAGGUUGAGGCUACAAAAUCUCAAACAACAAAUGAGGAAGACAUUCCUCAAAACCUGACUAGAUUAAAAAAAAUGUCCCUACACGUUCAUUCUGGAAUCACAAUUAGUCCAAUUUCUCCAGGAAUCAAAGAAAAUAUGACAAAGAACCAAGAAAUUAUUGAUGAAGAACAGAGAACAGUUGCAGGUAUAUCUUUUGGUAGAAUUGCUAAGGAGGUAUGCAAGACAGAAGUAACACGAGAGAAGAAAUAUUCCAACAGUUUUCAGGAAAAUCAUGAAAAUUUAGAUGGAACUGAUGCAAAAAUAUUCCAAGAGUUUAAGAAACCUGAUUCUGAUGAUUCUGAUUCCCAUAAUACCAUUGUAUCCAAAACACUGAAUCAUAACGAAGACCCUAUUAGCUGUUCUCCAAAUUCUUUGUGUGAAUCUGACAUUGAAGAACAGCCUAGAAGACCCCAAGUUCCUAAAGAUCUCCCUAAAGAGAAAAUAAAAUCCGAAGAACUAAACAAAGCUUUCCGUUUAAGUCCCUUAACAAUUCAACAGUUGAAGAAUUCUCCUCUGAAGCUGGGUCGAUCUCAAUCAAUAAGCAUUAUGGAUAAAAACCGUUUAUCAAAGUUAAAAGACAAACUAAGCCCACUUCGUAUUCAAACUUUUGUUAAUUCUCCGUUCAAAUUUGGACGCAGCAUCGAUCUCUUUGAUCGGAAAAAGUGGCGGAGUGCAAACGAUAUACUGGAUGAGGUGAAAAGUGACACAGCUGCUUGUAAUUUGGUAAAGGUGAAAUAUUUAGAAGAUAAAAACACUGAAAACGUUAAGGAUUUUCAAGAAGGGAAAAUUUCUGCGAAAGAAGUGCAAAAUGAAACAUCGUUAACUGAUAGAAAAGCAAGAGUAAAUCUAUCAAGUAAUUAUCUUGCGGAUAACGAUGAGGAUGUUGAAAAGGAUAAUGAGGUUAAUUCUUCAAAUUUUGGAACUACAGAUGAUCGUGACUGGGCUCUUGAUGUACUGGACCAUUUGUCUAGAAUAUCUGACCACCAUACUUCCAGUUUCAGUGGGAGCACCCAAGCCUUCUCUGAAAAAUCCAGACAGAGAAAUAUUACCAAAGAUCUUAUACAAGAUGGUUCGACGAUGGCUGCUGAGAAACAUUUUAGAGAAGAUGCAAGUUUACAGAAAAUGCCUCGAGUCAGUUGUGACCAAAUUCCAAUAAUUAAUCGGAAUAACUGUAAUGAAGGUGUAAAUGAAUCAAUUAGAAAAGAUGUUGAUGGAAAUAAUAUUGGUAACAGCCGAAACAGUCUGCACCAAUCAGAAGAAUCUGAAAGUGAAAACAGUUCUGGGUGUGAGAUAUCCGGUACCUGUAGUGGCAGAUUACAACCCAAUAUUGAUUGGAAAUGUAAUAACGAAGAGGAGAAAAUGGGUCUUGAAGAGAAAGGAAUUACUUUAGGAGUUUGUCAGAAAGAGAAACUUUCACAUCUCAAAGAUCUGACCGUUUUGGAGCCUUUAGCUACAGAGAGAAAGGAAUGUUCUAGAGAAAGUAUUAAUACGAAUAAUAAGUCUGGAAAACAUUGUUCAGAUCAGAGAAUAUAUGAUGCUGGAGACGAUAAUUCUUCAAAGUUGCCAUUGACAGGUAAAUAUCAGAAAAAACUCACGAAUAUUUAUGCUGACGCCAAAGCAUCUUAUGUUGGAGAUUUUAUUUCAGAAGAAGAUAUUAAGAAUUGGCAAGUGUCAGCCCAGUCAAAAGGGUUAGAAUUUGCUGAGAAUAAAAGCAAUGCAAAUAAUUUUGAUGAAUUAAAUAAUUCCUUGUUUAGAGAGAAAUUGGCAAGAGAAACUAAUUAUUUAUGGGGAAGUCCAUUUGAUAGAUUUAAACCAAAUUACUCAAUGGAUGAUUUAAGUUAUGGCAUCAGAAAAUUUCCUCUGAGAACCCAGAGUUUUCAGUCAAGAUUCCCCAGAACUGUAUCCCGACCAGUUGACCCUCAAGUGAUGCCAACAAUCUUUGAGAAUAAAAUAAUGACAGAGCAAUUUAUAUAUGAUGAUGCGAUUUCUGACACGUAUCUUUACAAAGAACCACAAUCACAACAUCCACCCUGUUACGCAUACGAUGACCAGAGAUAUACCAACCCUAAACAUCCGUUAUACAUUUAUGAUCGGUCACUUGCUUACAUGGACAGUGUCCACCCAGAUGGUUACAUGACCAUUCCAAGUAAGAAACCUGCUAAUUCUUGGAAUUUAAAAAAAAAGAAAAAAUUAUUUUCCAAAAAUCCAAAAUAAAAAUGGUUAAUGGUAAAUCAGUUGUUACAAAGUUUGAAGACUUAAAAUGGUUUCAGAAUUACUGAGGAAAUAUUUUGAGACCAAAUUUCUUUGAACAAUAGAGAUUCCUGAAAGGAGUUGUAAAGUGGUAACUUUUUAUGAAAUUUAAAAUUAAAUCUGAGAUGCAUAUUAAGAUGACAAUUACCAUACAUACAUGUGAACAACAUAUAAUAUUAUACACAUGCGUAUAAUAUAUAUAUAUAUAUAUGAGAGAGAGAAAUUAAGAGUGAAAUUGCUGUAGUAGAGUAUUGAAUGUCAUGAACUGUGUUAUUCUUUGAGGUAAAGAUAACAGAAGGGAAAUAAGUUUAUUCUUCAUCCUCUUUGAGAAACUGGAUGCUGCUCAGUUUCGCAAAGAUGAUGUAAAACUGCUGACUUUUAUAAAUUCCCUCCUGUGUCAUCUUUACUCUGCAAAAGGUCUCUGUCCAGGAUGGGGUGUAGAGAACCCCAUGGCAAUGUCACUACUCUUUUGAUGCUUGUUUUCAAAAAAAUCUCUUACCCAUACAGACCCCCACCAAGCUCCUUGAUUUAUCCAACGUGUGUGUGUGUGUGUGUGUGUGUGUACACCCACAUUGCAUCAAGCUUUUGUAAUUUACAGUUGUCUCUUCUUCAGUUUCAUGAAAGUUUCUGCAGAAUAUUGCAUGUAAUAUAGAUCCAUAUGUAUAAUUUCUUUUUCUCAAUGUAUAUUCAUUCAUAUAUAUAACAUAUGUGUCUCUCUUUUUUUCUUUUGUUUCAGCCAUUGGCAUGUGGCCAGGCUGGGGCACUGCUCCGAAGAGUUUGGUCAAGCAACCUGACCCAAUACUUAUAUUUUUACAACUUUGUUACUUAUUCUAUUGGUCUCUUUUGUCAGACUGCUAGGUUACAUCAGCUGUGAAGCAGUGUUAGGGGACGAACACACAAGCUACCACAUUCACUCACAAGGUUGGCCUGGGGGCCAUAAUAGAAGACAUCUAUCCAAAGUGGUUCAGUGGGACUGAACCAGAAACCUUGUGGUUGCAAUCCACACAGGAGCCCCACCUUUAAGUAUUCCAGGUUUUGUCGUUAAAGGGAGGUAACUGACGUUGAACGCGUGAUGCACUUGUUCUGCCAUCCUUUACAGACACACAAUAUUAUAUUUCACAAAGCUAUAGCAAGUAAGAGUGUAACAGAGAGAGAUUGAAACCAAAAUAAUCUGAUUUUACAGCAGAUUUAUCUACCUGCCAUCCAUGCACCUGU